UCGUUCGUGCGCGCAGAGGGUGAAAGAAUUCUGGAAAGUUCAGCUGCAGUGAAGUGUAAAUAUUUCAUUUCAUGAGUGGUUUAUUUUCAGGCGUUGAAUCCGGACUUGUUUGAAUCUCGGUUCUGCAGGAUACACUCCGAAAUGGCAGACAAAGAAGUGUAUGAUGAUGCCGUAGAGGAGCGGGUAAUAAACGAAGAAUACAAAAUAUGGAAGAAAAACACACCGUUUCUCUACGACCUGGUCAUGACACACGCUCUCGAAUGGCCGAGUCUAACGGUGCAGUGGUUGCCUGAUGUGAGCAGACCCGAGGGAAAGGAUUAUGCAGUUCACAGACUGGUGUUGGGAACACACACUUCAGAUGAGCAGAACCACCUGGUCGUUGCCAGUGUGCAGAUCCCCAACGAUGACGCUCAGUUCGAUGCGUCUCACUACGACAGCGAAAAAGGAGAGUUUGGAGGCUUUGGGUCUGUGAGCGGAAAGAUUGAGAUCGAGAUAAAGAUCAAUCAUGAGGGUGAGGUGAACCGGGCGAGGUACAUGCCACAGAACCCCUGCAUAAUCGCCACAAAGACUCCUACAUCUGAUGUGCUAGUCUUUGACUACACUAAACAUCCAUCCAAACCAGACCCCAGCGGCGAGUGCAGUCCAGACCUGAGACUCCGAGGCCAUCAGAAGGAGGGCUAUGGUCUUUCCUGGAACCCCAACCUGAGUGGGAACCUGCUCAGCGCAUCAGAUGAUCAUACGAUCUGUCUAUGGGACAUCAGCGGAUCUCCUAAGGAAGGAAAGAUCGUAGAUGCCAAGACCAUCUUCACAGGCCACACCGCCGUAGUGGAGGACGUGUCCUGGCACCUUCUGCACGAGUCGCUUUUCGGCUCAGUGGCCGACGACCAGAAGCUUAUGAUCUGGGACACGAGAUCCAAUAACACAGCUAAGCCCAGCCACUCAGUGGAUGCUCACACUGCUGAAGUCAACUGCUUGUCCUUCAAUCCCUACAGCGAGUUCAUCCUAGCCACCGGGUCUGCAGAUAAGACUGUGGCCCUGUGGGAUCUGCGCAACCUGAAGCUGAAGCUUCACUCUUUCGAGUCACACAAGGAUGAAAUAUUCCAGGUUCAGUGGUCUCCUCAUAACGAGACGAUCCUGGCCUCCAGUGGAACAGACAGGCGACUCAACGUCUGGGACCUGAGUAAAAUUGGAGAGGAACAGUCUGCUGAGGAUGCUGAAGAUGGACCUCCAGAACUGCUGUUUAUUCACGGCGGCCACACGGCGAAGAUCUCCGAUUUCUCAUGGAAUCCCAACGAGCCCUGGGUGAUCUGCUCCGUUUCUGAAGAUAACAUUAUGCAAGUUUGGCAAAUGGCUGAAAACAUCUACAACGACGAGGAACCAGACACUCCUGCCUCCGAGCUCGAGAGCCAGGCCUCAUAACAGCUUCUACCAUGUAAUCGCAAGGUUCUUUUUUUUUUUUUUUUCCUUUUUCCUCCUCAUCGUUACUCUGGUUCUCUUUCAUUACAAAGAUUCACCCACUCACAAUCACUUGGGAUGGAUCGAGUUAUGAAACAUCCGCAUUUGAGGACGUCAUCCAGAGGCCAAAAUCCAAUUAAACCAGUCUCUCAACUCCUUCGCUUUCCUCAACUAUUACUCGGCCUUCGUUAAUUUUGUUUACUCUCUAAACUUCUGGUGUGUCAAAUGUUUUACUAAAAAAGGCAAGUCAUGUUUGGUAGCUCACCAUGAGACGUGGUGUGGGAGAAUGUUCUGGUGGAGAAAAUCGUCUAUUGCUUUGAAAAUGCACUUGAACGGGCGUUGCUGUCGAUUCAAUUAUCCCCCCCCCCCCACCUCCUCCCCAUGCACGAGUCAAAGCAAACCGUUUCCAAUCCUUUAUACUUUUUUGUGCAUAAACCUUAUGUCAAUUGCAAUAAAACUUUUGUAAUACCUUUUUA